UUGCUCUCAGUACCGAAAUGUCUGGCCGCGAGAAUAGCAAUAUCUGAAUAUUACACGUGCGUGUUUUAUAAAACAAUGAAAAUGUGUACGUUAAGUUUAAUCUGUUUUAACAUUUAUAACAGUUUUUGUAUGUGAAGACGUAAACAGUGGACUGCGAACAUGCAACUUAUGCAAUCCUUUCUACAUCAUUCCGUAAUAGCGUCCAGUUAACGUAAACAGUGGGUGUUAGUGGAUAGUGUUAGAGAAAAUUAUUGUUUUUAGUCGUGAUUUUUUGUAAUUAUUAAAUUAAUACUACAACGACUUGUAUGUUGGAAAACAAAAUUGACAUUGGUGCUAUUUUAAAACAAAUCGCAAAGAAUGGUUGGAGGCAUGCCAAAUUUAACAGCUGACUGUAAACAAACAAUAUAAUUAUAAUUUAUAAAAUUUUUGGAUAAUAUAACAUAUUUUGCAAAUUUAUUUUCAAAUGCCUGACAUAGAAAACAAAGCAAAUUUUGCAAAAUGGCGGACAAAGAGGACACGAGUGAUAGUGACGGCCCAAUAAUAGAUGACAACGUUAUCCGAAUACAGCUUAAAAAACCUACACAUAGGAAAUGGGAGCUGCGAACCAGAAACCUUUCACCCGGUCUCAAGUUCCCAACUAUACAGCUUUUUGAUUCCGAAGGGAAUCUAUUAGUCGAAACAAACGAUGAGAAUAUAUCGAUUACAAGCCUAGAUCACGAUGAGUCCCCUCUUAGAACAAGUCAGUCCUUAAGGGAGAAAGAUUACAAGCACAUAGUUAGGAAAAAAAUUAUAAGAAAGCACAACACUAUAUCAGGUGAUAGAAUAUAUACCCGCGUUUAUCGCAAUCCCGUGCACAUAAAAAAUAACGAUAUCUGUUGUAAAAACAACGACUGUUAUGUAAUCAAAGACGGUAGCUGUAUAACAAACAUUCCAAGUAAACUUACUGUAAACAACAACUUACAUAAUUUGCAAGUAAACAGCCUCGACACCACGCCCUUCCAUUCAGAAGGACCGAGUGAAGCUAGCAGUUAUAAAAGUUCCGACAAUGAGACCUGCCACGAUUUGCCGACUAAUGACAAAUUGUCUUCCAGUAACGAAAUAUUGGAUGAUAUUGAUUCUACUCAAAACUCGAUAAAUACAUCGAGUAUAUCUUUAAACAAUAUCGAUUGCAAUAACGAUGAGACCGAUGUACAAAAUAAUGUUUGUUUGGGACUUCGGACAUCGCAAUCAUUUGACUCCGCCAAGCUGCCGGUACACCAAAAGGGUUCGCAUAAUAUACACCGCUCAAAAUCAAAUGCCAUUUACAACAUACCCCAAAAUAAAAUUUCCUUUCUUGACACAUAUUUAAAAAGCUUACCUGCCCGCGCAACUUCCAAUCCGGAUCAGUUUACUUCACACCUACGCCAAAUAACGUUAGAAACUAAUUCAUGGAAACCGAAGCGAAUCGAAUCUCAACCAUUUUGUGCCCAAAAACUGGAAAUAUAUAAAGUAGACGAUAAUACUACGGAGAAUGAUUUUAUGAAUAUAUCGACGGACGUGCUCGCCGAUUGUGAAAUGAAAAAACGUUUAAAAAUGUACAGACGAGGUUUAUCUGAAAUUGAGUCCCGAUGUGGAACAUCAAAUAUCUUACCGAGAAAAAGACGCCACACUGUGAGUGGUGGCAUGCAAGUCACUCGUUGGUCCUCAUCUUCUGAGAGUGUAGACGAAGCCGACGUCGUUCUCAACCGUUUGAAGAGACGGAUACUUAAGAACAAGUUAAGAGAGAAACGUCGCAGUUUCGUCUCCAAAUCAUCUCUUGAUAACGACGCAUGCAAAGAGAGCGAAAGUGAAUCUCAAGACGAUUGGCGCGAUGCGGGCGGCGGGGCCUUCGUGAGGUCCCGCCUCGCUAUGGGCUCAAACAUCAGCCAGCACUCCGCUAAGGGUCUGAAGGGCCGUCGGGCACGCUCCAGUGGUGACCUCUGCAAUGGCGAAACGAAAAGCCAAACCGAGUCGUCGGUUUGCGGCUCGGUUGUCGGUGACGUUAUGGGUUGGAACAGAUCGCUUCCUAACCAUUUGGACGGGAACAGACAUCUAGCGGAUUACAGCCGCGUCAAUAAUAACUACGGUGACUUCGGUACUUAUAGGAGUCAUCCCAAAGGCGGGAGAGGCUUACGUUAUCGCGUGUCAAAAUCUGGAUCUGACGCAGAGCCAGUGUGGAAGCUCCAAGAUCCUGGUUUUGACCAGGGCUACGGUUCAGAAAGAUCUCCUGAAGAAGACGUACAAGCCAUCGUCCCGCCGAUAUCUAUCGAACAGUAUGAAGCCGAGCUACGAACUGUUUAUCCCUUUAUUACUGAUGAAAACACCUUCACCGUUGUCGUAGAGAAGGAUGGGCGCGGGUUGGGUAUGUCAGUGUGCGGUGGCGGAGGUCUAGUCAGAAUACGCAGACUGUACCCCCCUCAACCAGCCUGGAGGACUGGCCGAUUGGCUCCCAAAGACCUACUACUCUCUGCAAAUGGUGUACCACUUGCCGGACUUAGCACUUACGAGGCACUAGAAGUGCUGCGUACAGCAUCAGCCCGAGUGGAACUUCGCGUCUGCCGGCCUCCAGCCGAUAUGCUCGAGAGCAUAACACCCCCCGACCCUCCCACACCGCCCGUAAGGACUCCUCAUCCCCCACACCUGCCACUGGACCCACUCAACUGCCAUCCCUUACACGCCAGAUUAUCACAAACAACGAGCAGUGCUACAACAUCGUCAUCCGAAGGUCGAGGUCGCCGUGACGCCAGUCCUGAUACUGAAAGAAGAGUCCAGGAUCUACAUCUGCCGGAUUUGGACCAACAUCUACCAGUUUAUGAUAUACAAUAUGGGGAAUUUGAUAUAGUGAUGACAAAAGUGAAUGGAUCUUUGGGAUUUACUCUACGAAAAGAAGAUCACAGCGCGCUGGGGCAUUACGUGAGAGCGUUAGUUCGAGAGCCAGCUUUGAGUGACGGAAGAAUACAGCCAGGGGAUAGAAUUGUCGCUGUCAACAACACACCGAUGUCAAACAUGUCUCACUCGGAGGCUGUAUCUUUCUUGCGUGCGUGCGGGUCAGAGGUGCGCCUGCGACUGUACCGCGACCACGCUGCGACCCCUCUCUCACCCGUUUCCCCCAAGGACAUACUUACAGACUCCGACGCACCGCUGAACAGACCAAAACCUCCAUUGAGGGCUGAAGCAGUAUCGAUGCUAUGCGACCUGGCAGCUCGAAGACUGACUCCAGAUGCGGGUGAUGGUUCGCGAUCCCCUUGUCUCUCACCUCGCAAACAUCGAAGGCUCACCAAAGACAACCACUACGAACAGCCCAAUGUAUCAAAUUUUGCUACGCUAGAGACACACACAAAACGAGAGAGCUGCAAACGUUCAGACACCGAACGUACAGCUGUAGAGAGAGGGUUGGUCUUAGAACGAUCUGCAUCCACAACAACGGAGAUGCCAGUAGAUAAUAAAACACGCUAUGAAGAACCGAGGCGGCGUAUAGCACUCGCCAGUCCCACAGCUCCGCCGACUUGUAGAAAACAAAAGCUAAGCCUGACAGUACCCCCUCAUGGCUACGAGCUAAAUAAUUUAGAUAACGACCAAUUGGACGCACCGAAUUUGUACCAGGAGAAUAUAACACUACAGCGGUUCAUUGAACCGGCAUUUCCGGUUGAUUCAGAUGAGCCUGUGUCUAUGCCAGCUGAACUGUCUAGUGAUGAAAGAUUUAAGCAUUCAAGUCCUGCUUAUCAGAGCGCUGUACUCCAUACCACAACUACUGAAAGUACCUCCGAUGGAAAUAAAGAUGACGGUAACGGCUUAAAAAAGUGGAAGGGAGUUGCCUUGUCACCUGACAAUGACAGGAAGGCAAAGCCACCUACAUCGGAAAUUCCCCCUAAGCCUAUGGAAGCUAAAGAAAUUGAAACCGUCCAGAAAGAAAAUGUCAAACCUGAUCAACCGGUGGAAGCCACAAGCACAGAACCUACGAUAGUGACAGUGGAACUGAACCGCGGCUGGAAUAGUCGCCUGGGGUUCAGCGUCCAGAGCCAUCCGGAAUCGGGCCAGAGUUACAUCUCCGCUGUUUACAACGACAGCGUCGCCGCCAGAGACGGGAGGCUGCGGCGCGGAGAUGUUAUAUUACAGGUGAACGAUGAGAACGUAACUUCAAUGAAGACGCCUGAAGUCAUCGAUUUACUUCGAAUAUUGCGCGGAUCGAUCUGCAUAACGGUACUACGGCCAGCUAAUGUCUGAAUCACAUAUGAAUGUAUAGAAUAAAAUUCAGUCAAUUUAGAAUCUCGUAAAAUUCAAAAUAAAUAAACGCACACCGGCUUCUAUAACUUGAUUGCUCUAAGAAAUUGUCUAUGUGCAAAAGUAGCUUUACAAUGCGUUUCAUAAAUAUCUGUCAUAGUUGUAAUUUCUACAUCGUCUCCUAUAGGUGCUUUGAACACUUUUCGCAAUACAUAUAUACGAGUAUGUGUAUGUAGUAAUCAGCCUACGUAUUAAAAAGCCUACUAAAAAUGAACUAUUAACUAUGAUUGUUAAUGUUCCUAAAUUAUAAAAUGAUAUACAUAUG